AUGAAGGCCGUCUUCUCCAACCUCCUCGCUCUCACUCUCGUUGCGUCGCACGUCGCACCCGUUGCCCUUGCCGCUCCUGUCGCUACCUCUUCCCAGGAAGAGAAGCGCUCUCUUAAGGCUGUCGGUACCGCCAUCGCAGGCGGUAUUGCCUCUGGCGCAGCUGGUGCCAUCGUUAGCGAUCUUCUCAACAAGCGCGAGCCUGAAGUCGAGGAGCGCUCGCUUACUGCUAUCGAGAACUUCUUCGGCUCCUUGUUCAACAAGCGUGACGAACUCGACGCGCGCUCGCUCACGGCCAUCGAGAACUUCUUUGGUUCUCUCUUUAACAAGCGCGACGAGGUGGACGCACGUUCUCUGACCGCCAUUGAGAACUUCUUCGGUUCGCUGUUCAACAAGCGCGAAGAGCUCGACGAGCGUUCUGUCGAUGCUAUCACCAACUUCUUGGACGAGCACUUCCACAUCGCCCGCAGUGAGGGCGCCGAGCUCGACGCGCGCUCGCUCACGGCCAUCGAGAACUUCUUCGGGUCCCUCUUCAACAAGCGCGACGAGCUCGACUCCCGCUCGUUGACUGCUAUUGGAAACUUCUUCCACAGCAUCUUCGGCAAGCGCGAUGAGCUUGACGCCCGCUCCCUCACGGCAAUCGGCAACUUCUUCAGCUCGCUCUUCGGCAAGCGCUCUGAGCCUUCCGGUCUUAUGGUGGACAUCGAGACUGGUGUCAUCUACAUGGACGUGCCCGAUGCGAACGAGGGUCGCUCUCUCAAGGCUAUUGGCACUGCCAUCGCUGGCGGCGUUGCGUCUCUUGCCACUGGUGCCGCUAUCAACCACUUCAUCGGCGACAAGCGCUCUGAGUCUGGUCUUAUGGUAGACACCGAGACUGGUAUCAUCUACAUGGAUGUGCCCGACGCGAACGAGGGCCGCUCUCUCAAGGCCAUCGGCACAGCCAUCGCUGGCGGCGUUGCUUCUCUCGCCACCGGCGCGGUUGUGAGCGAUUUGAUCAACAAGCGCUCUGAGCCCGCCCUCUAUGUCGACUCCGAGACCGGUACCCUCUACCUCGACGUCCCCGAUGCGACCGAGGCUCGUUCGCUCAAGGCUGUCGGUACUGCUAUUGCCGGUGGUAUCGCAUCGGGAGCCGCCGGUGCCGUCAUCAGCAACUUGCUUAACCGCGACGCGUCCGGUCUCCUUGUAGACACCGAGACUGGCACCAUCUACGCCGACGUCCCCGACGCUCCCGAAGCGCGCUCGCUUAAGGCCAUCGGGACCGCCGUCGCAGGUGGCAUUGCUUCUGGCGCUGCCGGUGCGGUCAUCAGCAACCUCCUCAACCGCGACGCGUCUGGUCUUCUCGUGGACACGGAGACCGGCACCAUCUACGCGGACGUUCCUGACGCCACCGAGGCUCGCUCACUCAAGGCUGUCGGCGCCGCCGUUGCUGGCGGUAUCGCGUCAGGUGCUGCCGGCGCGGUGAUCAGCAACCUCCUCGGUCGUGAUGCUUCCGGCCUCAUGGUCGACACCGAGACCGGUAUCAUCUACAUGGAUGUUCCCGAUGCCAACGAGGGCCGCUCGCUCAAGGCCAUUGGUACCGCCGUUGCUGGCGGCAUCGCGUCCGGCGCUGCUGGUGCGAUUGUCAAGGACAUCUUCGACAAGCGCGACUUGGAGGUUGAGGAGCGCUCGCUGAAGGCUGUUGGCGCCGCGGUUGCUGGUGGCGUCGCUUCCGGCGCUGCCGGUGCUGUGAUCAGCAACCUUCUCGGCCGCGACGCUUCUGGCCUUAUGGUCGACACGGAGACCGGCGUGAUCUACAUGAACGUUCCCGACGCCAACGAGGGGCGCUCGCUCAAGGCCGUCGGCACUGCCAUCGCCGGCGGUAUUGCGUCGGGCGCAGCUGGUGCCGUCAUCAGCAACCUUCUCAACCGCGACGUCUCCGGCCUCCUCGUCGACACCGAGACUGGCACGAUCUAUAUGGAUGUUCCCGACGCGGUUGAGGGCCGCUCGCUCAAGGCCGUUGGAACUGCCAUCGCCGGCGGCAUCGCUUCCGGCGCGGCUGGCGCGAUCAUUUCCGACAUCCUCAACAAGCGCGCCAUUGACGAGCUCGACUAA